GUACAAUUUGCAACCGUAGGCCCCGUUUAAAUAGCAGAACAGAACACCAGAUUCCCGGGUUCACCUUCCAUUUUCUCUUUCGGGUGGGCCCUGCUGCGUUUCGUUAAAAGAGCGGCUUAUCAAAGCUCGUUGUGCAGCGAAGGCCGAGACCGCGGGUUCUCGCGAGAUCGCCGCCGGAAGUGGGUGGCAGCGGAGACGCAGAGACUCUCCUCUUCGGAAGGCGAGCGUUUCUCCGUAGCGGUUGCAGCGGUUUACCCCACGGCGCUCUGCCCCGAGAAAGAGCUCACCGGUCGCCGCCUUCCCAGCGCCGAGCUCGCACCUUCGGCUUCUCCGGCUGCACAGCUGCACGGCCCGGCCGUCGGAGCCCCCGCAAGCCUCGGCCCCUCCCUCCCUCCGACUCGCUGCAGUUAGGCCGCGCCCUGAGGCCCAGUCCGCGGCAGCUCCGGCGGGUGAUGCCAAAUACAGCCAUGAAGAAAAAGGUGCUGUUGAUGGGGAAGAGCGGGUCGGGGAAGACCAGCAUGAGGUCCAUUAUCUUUGCCAAUUACAUCGCUCGUGACACCCGGCGCCUGGGUGCCACCAUUGAUGUGGAGCACUCCCACGUCCGAUUUCUGGGCAACCUGGUGCUGAAUCUGUGGGACUGUGGCGGUCAGGACACCUUCAUGGAAAAUUACUUCACCAGCCAGCGAGACAACAUCUUCCGUAAUGUCGAGGUUCUGAUUUACGUGUUCGACGUGGAGAGCCGCGAACUGGAAAAGGACAUGCAUUAUUACCAGUCGUGUCUGGAAGCCAUCCUCCAGAACUCUCCUGAUGCCAAAAUCUUCUGCCUGGUGCACAAAAUGGAUCUGGUUCAGGAGGAUCAGCGUGACCUGAUUUUUAAAGAGCGAGAGGAAGACCUGAGGCGUUUGUCUCGCCCGCUGGAGUGUGCCUGUUUUCGAACAUCCAUCUGGGAUGAAACGCUCUACAAAGCCUGGUCCAGUAUUGUCUAUCAGCUGAUUCCCAAUGUUCAGCAGCUGGAGAUGAACCUCAGGAAUUUUGCCCAGAUUAUUGAGGCCGAUGAAGUUCUGCUGUUUGAGAGGGCGACGUUCUUGGUCAUUUCCCACUACCAGUGCAAAGAGCAGCGUGACGUCCACCGAUUCGAGAAGAUCAGCAACAUUAUUAAGCAGUUCAAGCUGAGCUGCAGUAAAUUGGCCGCUUCUUUCCAGAGCAUGGAGGUUAGGAAUUCUAACUUCGCUGCGUUCAUCGACAUCUUCACAUCAAACACGUACGUGAUGGUGGUUAUGUCAGAUCCGUCGAUCCCUUCUGCAGCUACUCUGAUCAACAUUCGCAAUGCCAGGAAACACUUUGAGAAGCUGGAGAGAGUGGAUGGUCCCAAGCACAGCCUUCUUAUGCGUUGAAUAUUGCCAAAAUGCGCUCUCUGAAAAUGCUGAAUUGCCUUCCCCCGUUUUCUUUUAAUAUUCAUAAUGUCGUGUGCUUAAAAGUGGGCUUUGAAAUGUGUGCUGCUUACUUCUUCCAUCCCUUUCUUCCCUUCUCCCCAGUCUUCAAGCCUUGGACGCUAUUUACUCAGCUAUCCAGUAGAGCUUCAAGAUGGCCUUUCUGAAAAGUUGGUAUGGUGUUAACACUAAAGUAGGUGGUGGUGUAUGUGUGUGUGUGUUCUGAUUACCUGGUUAUAAUAGAUAUACACAUCAAAGCCUUUACAAUAUCUUCCUGUAUUCCUUACAAGGUUGCAAAGGUGGAAUGUUAUUUUAUCAGCAAGGUAUUAAAAUGCAUUUAUAAAUUCUUUUUGGCUUCAACCAUGAAUAAACAUUUGCUGUUAGCAAUUUAAAA